AGUUGGAAAGUAGAGUCACAAGUUGUAAAAUUGCAGAGAGCGGUGCAAGUGAGUAAAUAUCAAGAAAUAUGUCGAGCGUAGAUCCACCUAUUAACGGCAGCGAUGUUGAAAAUGCCAAAGUACUGAAAGAAAUUGAAGUAGAAAAGGAAAAAAAGAAGUACAAGAGGAAAUACCCUGGAUUCAGAAAAAAUUUGUAUGAUUAUUUUCAGGAAUUCACUGAUAAUACUGGCAUUCAUGGAUUUAAAUAUAUGGGAGAACAGAAGAGGACAAUGUGCGAAAGAUUUUGGUGGGUGAUCUUAUUCUGUAUAUCACUGUUCGUUUGUACGAAUCUCAUUAUAAAGACAUGGAUAAAGUGGGACCAAUCGCCGGUAUUGGUAAGCUUCGCCAGAAGUCCAACUCCGGUAUGGCAAAUUCCAUUUCCUGCUAUUUCAAUUUGUUCCGAAACUAAAACUAAACAGACUGUUUAUAAUUUUACUAACGCUUACGACCGUUACAUACACAAUCGUACUAAUAUGACAGACGAAGAAAUGAAACAUUUCUCAGAUAGCAGUCUUAUAUGUGAUAACCAUUUGUACACCGAAGGUGACAAGUAUGCAAACAUUAAAACUAUUGAUUAUCUCAUGAGUGUCGCUCCACAAUUUGAAGAAAUCUUUUUCACUUGUUCAUGGACUCUUUUGAAUGAAACUUGUUAUAAUUUAUUCACUCCCAUCAUAACAGAGGAAGGAUUAUGUUUUACAUUUAAUAUGUUGGAUAGAUCUGAGCUUUUUAGAGAAAACGUAUAUUUACAUAGCGAUUAUAUGCAACACGGAAAAGGUUCUGAAGGUUGGACAUUGGAGAAAGGAUAUCCCAAAUCUGCUAAAAUAGAAACUUUUCCAAGAAGAGCAUUGUCUGCAGGAUUUUCGGCGAGCUUAAUUUUGGUUUUAAAAGGUCAUUUGCCUGAUUUAGACUAUAUUUGCAAAGGUGCAGUGCAAGGAUUCAAGAUAUUAUUUCACCAUCCAGCCGAACCACCGAAUACCAAACAAUACUUUAGAGCACCUCUAAAUCAAGAGAUAGUCGUAUCUGUCAAACCGGAUAUGAUGACAACGUCCGAAGGGCUACGAAAUUAUGAUCCGCAUAGAAGGCAAUGUUAUUUUCCAACAGAAAAAUAUUUGAGUUAUUUCAAAAGUUAUACGCAGCACAAUUGUCAAGUUGAAUGUUUAACUAAUCAUACUUUAGCCAAAUGUGGUUGCGUUGCGUACCAUAUGCCCCAUACAAACGAUACUCGAAUUUGUGGACCAGGUAGUCAGACCUGCAUGUUCAACGUUCAAACUGAAUUACUUACAAAGGAAGUAAAAUCUGGAAUUUUGAAUUAUGAAGCGGAAGAUAGAGAAGGAAUUGACGAUUGUGAUUGCUUACCGGCAUGUACUUCAUUAACUUAUAAUGCCGAAAUGUCACAAGCUAAAUAUGAAUGGGAUAAAGUGUUUCAGUCAUUCCGAGUGAACUUUAGUGAAUUUGACGGAAUAGAGUUCACAAGACUGACGAUAUUUUUCAAAGAUCAACAAUUUAUAACAUCAGAAAGAAACGAAUUAUAUGGUCAGACGGAUUUUCUUGCAAACUGUGGUGGUAUUUUGGGUCUGUUUACAGGAUUUUCCUUCUUAUCUAUUGUAGAAAUCGCUUACUUCUUAUCUUUACGGAUGAUGUGCAACAUUAAACAUUACGGUAAACAUUAUUGGUCGGGAUCUCCAGCGUUGGUUAAUGAUGCUGGUUACGUUCAUUAAUAGUAAUCGUGUGAAUAUUGGAUCGAUUAAAACAUAUCCAAGCGAUAUUAAUUAGAAAUUUGCACAAUAUGUCAAAUAGAAACAUGCUUUAAUCAAUUAGAUAAGAGCAUUAAUGAAUCAAACUUUUCGAUUUUGCUCUAGAUUUAUUUACACUAUUUACAAUUGGAUUAUCAUAGUCACAUUUUUUCAUGAGAUUUUUUAAAGAUUGAAUAGCAUGCUCUACCGUGCCGUUAAAUUGAGCAUAAGUUAUUUGUUCAAUUUUUCAAUCUCAGCUAAAAGAAUACCAUUAUCUCAUAUUAAAAGAGAUGGUUUCUCAUAAGUAGCAAAUAUUUUACAACAUUGAUUGUAUGAAUACUAUCUAAUUUAUCCAGUGAUCUAGUUUCGAUGAAUUUUGAAUAGUUAUCAAUCACCAUGAGGUAGUUUUCAGCUUUAAAAUGAUAGACAUCUGUUCCUAGAUAGUCCCAGACCUUAUUCUAAGAUCCGUGCCACAAUGAAAAAGAUAUGAAAGUCAUCAGCCACCUGAAAUAACCGCCAAAAAUUCAUUACCUAGCACAUAAACGUUUAGAAAUAGUGAAUAACAACAUAAUUAACAACUACUCAGACCAAAUUCAUUCAUAAAGUACAAUGGAAAUUUACACAAACUUAACCUGAAAGUUUCAUAUUCUAACACUAAGAAAACAUUGUUGCCGCAUUUUAUUCAAAUUAUCCAAAAUGAUAGAAGUUUGAAAUUCAUUAAUAACAAUCUUGCUGGCCAAUCGCAUAGACGUAGCCAAACACAAUUCACCCUAUUAGCCAUUUUAGUUUUUAAUUUUUAAAGUUAGAAGGGUACUACAGGCAAAAUGAGACACCCUAUAUUUUGUAAUUUAUUAGUUGCAUCUCUAUAUAACAUUAUUAAACUAGGCUAUGUAUUUUUCCAUAAACAUGAAUGUCAAGUUGUGUUGCACAAUAAAAUAUGUAAUCAAAAA